UAAAUGAUCAUUUUAUUGAAAACGAAAUUAAUAUACAUAGAAUGAAAAAAGAUAUUCCCAUAAAACAUUGGAACCACAUAUAUCAUAAAUGGUUACAUGAAGACAACAAAAAGGAAGAUAUGAUUGUAACAUUAAAAAGUAAAGAGAAGGAAAAGGAACAAAAUGUUAUAGAGGAAUCAUCAUUAGUUACAAAAAGAAAGAAAUGGAAAACUAUCAUUGAGAUAUAUAUAGAAGUAAUGAAUGAAUGUAAAAAGGAUGAGUGGGAAGAACAUCGAGGAGAUUUUUUACAAAUCUGUUUAG